GCCUGAAGCGGAAAGAGUGAAAAGAGAGGGGGAGAAAAGAAAAAGCGGAGGAAAGACAAGGGGGUGGGAUAUGAGAGAGGAAAACACAACGGAGAAAGACGACUGAGAAAGACAAUAUUGAUAUCUUAAAAAGUGCUAGACUUAGAGAAAGAGAGAGAGGGAGAAAUAUAUAUAUAUAUACAGAGAGAGAGAGAGAGAGAGAGAGCGAGAGAGAGAGAGAGAAAGAGUAUCCUGGCAGCCAUCCAGGUCUCAGCCCAAAGCCAGGUCUUUGCUGCCACUUCUUGUCUGUCCAGAACAUGGUGCUGUUCCCACUCUGCAAACUGCUCUCAGGGUCAGUCAGAGUGACCAAGAAGCAGCUGGUCCUGUACUGUCUGCUCCUAUCUCUGCUCGUAUACUUUUUAAGAUGGAGGAGAGCAGUGCUCAAGGUGGACACGCACCCUCUUCCUCUUUCUCAGGAGGCAGAAUCAGGAAGUGAGGUCAGAGACAUAGGGGUGGGCAGUGUGGAGGAACAGCAACAGCGCCUCCCCCUGGAGACAUCCUGGGGCGCUCCUCUGGUGUGGGGCGACUCUGACGGCUCAGCGUGGCGGAGGGCCGAGUUUGCCCACCGCAGCGUCCGCACAGGCCUGCUGACGCUCGCCGUGGGGCCCUACGGCCACUUCCUGCGCCGCUUCCUCUCCUCGGCCGAGCUCUACUUCCUGCCCGGUAACACCGUGGUCUACUACGUUCUUACAGACAGCCCUCGCAACCUGGAUCCCCCGACCCCGCUGGGCCCCGGCAGAGAGCUGAGGGUGGUCCCUGUGGCGGAAAUGCCCGGCUGGGAGCGUCUAGCCCAGGGCCGCAUGGCCCUGCUGGCGGCCACCAUUAAAGAGCCGGUCAGGCAUGAGGUGGAGUACGUCUUCUGCAUGGACGUGGACCAGGAGCUGGUGGCCCCGGUGGGAGCUGAGAUCCUGGGGGAGCUGGUGGCCGCUCUGCACCCGGAGCUCUACGGCAUCCCCCGCCACUCCUUCCCGUAUGAGCGCGAGCCCGCCUCGCUGGCCCACGUGGAGGAGGACGAGGGCGACUACUACUACACGUCGGAGCUGUACGGGGGUCUGUGCGCCGAGGUGUACGCCAUGGCCCAGGCCUGCUCCCAGCUCAUCCUCCAGGACCAGGAAAAGGGGCUGAGGGCUCGCGGACUGGAGGAGAGCUACCUCAACCGCUACCUGAUCAACCGCAGGCCCACCUGUGUCCUCUCGCCCGAGUACAGCUGGUGGGACUCAGCCCUGGCCGCCGACGUGCCCACAAGGAGGGUGGUGUCCCUGGGGAGGCAGUGUGACACCCUGGAGCCACAAAAGAGACAGGAGCAGAACUGCUGAGAGGGUUAUUUCUUUGCUUUGUCAUAGAAUUAUAACGACCAUAAAAUGUAGACAAAUUCAAAAAGCUAUUUUAAGGCAAACACAAGGAUCCCUUGGAAUCUUUUGAUGUGUCAGUAAAUAAACUAAUGGCAGCAGA